AUGGAAUCUGCCCGAAGUCUCUACAAAAAUGGCAUUGAUUUUGCAGCCUUGGCGCUGCAAUCUCGCGACUUCGCCAAGCACUUGAACCCAAAUGGCCAGCUGGACUUUUCUGAUCCAGCCGCCAUCCGACAACUCACCACCACCCUCCUACAACAAGAUUUUCACCUGAAAGUCGAGAUCCCCAAGGAUCGAUUGUGUCCACCGGUACCAAAUAGACUCAACUAUAUCCUCUGGCUGCAAGACCUCCUUGACUCCAGCGCUGGAGGGCUGUAUGAGAGGUACGAUCAAGAUCGGGAGGUCGUGGGCCUCGACAUCGGAACGGGAUGCAUCGGUAUCUACCCCCUACUAGGAUGCGCGACGCGACCACGGUGGAACUUCGUAGCAACAGAUAUCGACUCAAACAAUAUCCGCACUUCCCAACAUAAUGUCGCCCUGAACAAUCUCGAAUCACGGAUUCAGAUAGUACAUUCCGAUCCCAACGGACCGCUCUUUCCGUUAGAGAAGCUAGGCCGCCAAACCCUCGACUUCACCAUGUGCAACCCACCCUUUUACACCUCGGCCGAGGAUCUGAAGAAAUCUGCUGAGCAGAAAGAACGAGAUCCCUUUUCGGCCUGCACUGGCGUCGAAGUCGAAAUGGUGACCAGCGGCGGAGAAAUAGCUUUCGUGAAGAAAAUGAUCGAAGAGAGUCUCCAACUACGUGACCGCAUCCAGUGGUACACGUCCAUGCUCGGCAAGUUGAGUAGCAUCAACGUACUCGUUGAGAUGCUGCUCAAGCACGAGAACCACAAUUUUGCAGUCACCGAGUUCGAACAGGGAAGCAAGACGAAGCGCUGGGCUAUAGCGUGGUCGUGGGGAGACAGAAGGCCAGCCAUGAAUAUUGCGCGGGGAAUCCCCGGUUGCCCGAAGAGUCAUUUGCCUUUCCCUUCAGAUUUCACAUUCACGCUACCACCUGAUACAUCAAUCGACACAGCCAUUGCUACAAUAAAUGCAGAACUCAGCUCGUUGCCUUGGUUUUGGUCUUGGGAUCAGGCCCGUUCGGCAGGGAUGGGAUUCGCUGGUGAGAAUGUGUGGUCGAGAUUCGCCCGUCGGAAGAUGAAACUGGCCGGUGAGGAGGGUGCCGCUAAGUUGAAGAUGAUUCCAGCCCAGGUUGCGCUGGGAGUACGUGUGCAGAUACGGCUGGUCCGGGGGCAGAAACCGGAUGAGAGAGAGGUGAGGGUUUUAGUCCGCUGGGCGCAGGGGACUGACACUGUCUUGUUCGAGAGCUUUUGUGGGAUGGUGAAGAGGAAGUUGGAAUCAAAAUGA